UCACGAACCACCCGCCGGACGAGUUGGGUGCGUUUUUUUACUAAGGACGCUUCCAAUAUCCGAACCGAACUGUAUAUGUACGAAUAUGUUCCUCCCGGUCCGACGGACUUAUGGUUGCUUGCUUGCUUGCUGGCAAAAGGAGAGUUGUUGGGUCAAGCGGGAAGAGACAGUCGGGACAGAGAGAGAGGAUGUGGCAUUACUUUUUAUUAUUAUUGCAUGGCAUGGCAUGGCAUGGCAUGGUGUGGUGUGUGUGGUGUGUGAUGUGGUAGUUCUAUGGCAUGGGCAUCGUGAUGUUGAUGUUGAGGUGUCAAUAAAACGGAAUGGGCCAACAAGAGACACGCAUGCAGACGGGCUGAAGGGGAUGGAUGAUGCGCUUGGGGAGUGGAAUUUAACUGCAGCAAAUCAUGCGAGCAGUGAGGCUAGCAGUGGGCUGGGCGCUUUUUUUUUUGCUCGUCGCCGUUGUCGUUGCCGUUGCCGGUUUGUGGCUCGUGGUGUCUUGGUCUGGCGGCGCCCACCUUUUUUUUUCCGCUUUUCUUUCUCGGGCUUGGUUGGGGUCGACACUUGGUUCUUUUCUGUUUGUCCGGCUCUCUCUCUAGUGCUAGUACCGACUGAGGUCCGUGCUGGGCUUGUGAUAAUGGCAAAUGGCAAUGGUUUUGGGCAUGACACGAUGCUUGUGUGGAGUACUUGUUUUUUUUUCUUCUUCCUCGCUUCCUGCCUUUGGUUUUCUUCGUCGUGCGUUGUGUGAUGCGCGUGUUUUGGGGGAUACAUAAAAUGCUCGGGCACUUACCUACUUACCUGGUUGGUUGUUUCGUUUUUGUGACAUUUGUGGUGUGUU